UCAUCCAUAGCGAGGCGAUUCAGAAAAGAUGAAGCUUACAAAACGGCUCUAUGCGACGCUUUCAAAAAAUUCGGUUUCUGCCCUUAUGGGGAGGGUUGCCGUUUCGCUCAUGGUGACAGUGAGCUACGCCUUCCUGCUCAGGUAAAAAAUAUUGUGCGACAAGUUUUCCACUUUCGGACACUGCCCGUAUGGACCUCGUUGCCAGGAUUGCCCCUGAUCCAGUAUGAACGUCUUCUAGCUGCUGGGCAAAUUUCACCAGAAAGAGAAGAUGAAGCUCGCGCACCUCAGAGUCGCCGAUCAUCGGGCAUGAGCCCAAAUAGAUCUCACAGAAAUCGAGCGGAUGCAGCAAGAAGAUUAACUUUUGAACGUGAGAACUCAUUCACUCCAAGACAGAAGAUACCAAAUGCGAUUUAUCCAAAAAUGGAAAUCAUAAAUAUUGAACGUGCUUGCAAAUAUGCUGACGACAUCGUCGAGAAAAGUAAGCUAAACUUUCCCAUCGUUUUUUGCAUCAAUUUCUCUCCGAUAGUCUCAUUUUAUGAUUAUUUAUAUAGGGAUAAAUUCUUAAGAUAG